AUGGGAUACUUCACAAAUGUUCUAAAUGUGAUCUUUCUAACGACUGCGCUCGGUUGCUGCAGCGCGAAUCAUGCACGACGGUGCAUCAGCGGAUCGGAAGCAUUUGUUUGCGCACUUUAUCAUUUCAAGUACGAACCGGGUCAGGAUAUACCACUGUUCGAUCUGCAACCCGGCACAAAAGCAGUUGAGUUCGUGAAACCAUUCUACAAGCCGGAGGAACCGUCAAUCACUGUCUACGAUGCUGUACUUCAUCGUCAACUAGGAAUGCCGGUAGCUGUUGGGAUCACCAAAUCCAUGCUGACCUUGCUUGAAAUGCCGCCAAAUUUGCAAUACGGUGACUUUGCCAACAACCGAUUGUCCAGAAUCGUUGUCGAUUCGAGUCAAUCUUAUGCAAUGCGUUACCUUAAUUUGAACGGCAACAAUGAACUAAACCCUGCCAACAUUAGCCUCUUUGCUGAACUCGAAACGCUGCACAUGUCAAAUAGCGAUUGGAGAACAUUACCGGCAGGAUUGUUCUCCACGAUGACCCGGCUGCAGCAUCUCACAAUUUCCGGUAACCGCCUUAAAGAAAUCGAUCUGAAGACUCUCCCUGGCAGCCUGACGCUGUUACGGAUGGAUCGAAACCUUCUACCAAAGCUAAACUUUGAGGAUGUUCGCUUCCCACAACUGGAAGACUUGAACGUACAACGGAAUGAGCUCACUGCCAUGAAUAUUAGUGCUCUUGUGGAGCGAUCGCCGAAGCUGAAACUGUUUUCCAUCGGUCGCAACCCAAUAAGCCUCGAAAAGCUGGACCACAUUGUGAGCGUACUGAAUCGCCACAACAUUUCGUACUACAGCAUGGAAAACCCUGAAGACUGGACGUGUUCGGAAUCGGAGGUUAGAAUACGCGGUAUUUGCAUUCCCAAGGACAGCGUUAAGCCUGGUUGGGGUGAAUGGUUAACACAAAUAUUCUUCUUCUGUCUGGUACCGUUGGUGCUGUUUGGAGCAGCUCCGUCCGGAUGGCUUUUGUGGCGAAAGUUCAAAGGGAAAUAGGGCUUAGCUCAACAACAAUCGGCCGAGUUCUGCUUCGAAGGUUCACACGAAGAAAAUAGAUAAAUCAAAAUAAAACAAAUAAACAACAGA